UAUUUGCCCUUUUUCUGGUUUGAACAACAGCCAUGGAAAAAGUCUGUGCACGUGCUUGUAUAUAUAUAUUUUUUUAUUUUCAAAGAGUAGUUAUCGAUUAUUUGAUGAUUGAUACAUUUGCCAACUAAUGUUUUAAAACAAGACUAAAAUGCCUUUAUUUUGAAAAAUCACUGCCAUGGAGUAGGAGUCGGAAGUUGCGGGCUUCUAGCGCAUGCGCAAAUGUACUUGAAGCCAAGCAAAAGGACGAAGACCGCAUGCUAUGGUUGCUCGGAGAAUGUUCGAAUUCACGAUCUUAAAGUCGUAUGAUUCACAGCAAAUAUAGCAACAAAUAUCUCAAUUGGUAUUUUCCAAAGCCACGAAACGUGCAUUGAGUUUGGAGCGAUAUCUGAAGUGAAGAUUGAAGACGUGAUAGAAGAUGGACGACUACUGCUAUGCUAAGAUGGCGACGUCCGCUAAAAGAGAACAUGAAAGAGAAUCAGCGCCACCAACUUCCAGCAAAUCACCAACGGAGAUAAAGACGAAAGAUGAAGAUGUCCAGCAGCUGAUCGGUAAUCCAGAAGAAGUUUCCCCUCAGUUAGAGGGGAGCUCCACUUUGAAGCAGGAGACUCCACAACCACCCUGCAUUAAAAAGGAAGAGGAGGAACUCUGCAUCACUCAGGAGGGAGAGUGUCUUCUAGGACGAGAGGAAGCUGAUUACACCAAGUUUCCACUGAGUAUUCUCUCUGUGAAGACUGAAGAUGAUGAAGAGAAACCACAAGUAGACAACCUCUUAGCUCCACUAUCAGAUAGUGAGGCUGAAGACGAGGUUGAAGAACCUUUGAGCAGCGAUACAGACUGUGAAGGUGAUAUGAGGACUCACACUGACAACAAACACUCUGAAUGCUCUACAAAGAAGAGAGGUAAAACAUGUUUGAGCUGCUCAGUUUGUGCUGAAAGUUUUACUAAAAAGAGCAGUUUGACUCAACACAUGAGAACACACACAGGUGAAAAAACAUUUAAGUGUUCAGUUUGUGGCAAAAGCUUUUCUCAUAAUAGCCAUUUGACUGAACACAUGAGAACACACACAGGUGAAAAACCAUUUACUUGUUCAGUUUGUGGCAACAGCUUUUCUCAAAAUGGCUCUUUGACUCAACACAUGAGAACACACACAGGAGAAAAAACAUUUAAGUGUUCAGUUUGUGGCAAAAGCUUUUCUCGAAAUAGCAUUGUGACUAAACACAUACGAACACACACAAGAGUAAAAACAUUCAAUUGUUCAAUUUGUGGCAAACGCUUUUCUCAAAAUAUCCAUUUGACUCAACACAUGAAAACACACACAGGAGAAAAACCAUUUAUUUGUUCAAUUUGUGGCAAACACUUUUCUCAAAAUAGCCAUUUGACUGAACACAUGAAAACACACACAGGUGAAAAACCAUUUAAGUGUUCAGUUUGUGGCAAACGCUUUUCUCGAAAUAGCAAUUUGACUGAACACAUGAGAACACACACAGGAGAAAAAACAUUUAAUUGUUCAGUUUGUGGCAUAAGCUUUUCUCAAAAUAGCUAUUUGACUCAACACAUGAGAACACACACAGGAGAAAAACCAUUUAACUGUUCAGUUUGUGGCAAAAGCUUUCCUUAUAACAGCUCUUUGUGUCGACACAUGAGAACACACGCUGGAGGAAAACCAUUUAGUUGUUCAGUGUGCUGUAAAAGGUUCACACAUAAUGCAGACGCAGUAAAACACAUAAGAACACACAAGGGAAAAUAACCAAUUAGCUGUUUAGUUUGUGGUAUGUUGCUCAUAUGUGGUGACAUCCACCCUACCCAGGACCUCCUCACUGCUUCUUUCACAAAUAUCUGAGGUAUUCAUACAAACUUGGAUUAUUUGGAGCAUAAUCUUAUCCACUCAUGGCCCCAUGUCUUCUCUGUAUCUGAAACCUUCCUGAACAGUAAGAUAGAUGAUGCUUCAAGUGCUUGGUUACUCCUUCUUCAGUCCAGGGACCUGGGGCCUCAUGUGUCAAGUUUGUGCACACUCAAAAACUACGCCCUUUUUCACUGCAAAGUUGAGAUGUAUUUUACGGUAUGAGUUUACGGUACGAUGUACAGGUCGCUACGUUCUGGCACUGGAUCUCUGGUAGCAGUGGUUUAAGUAGGCGUCCCUCAUCAGUGCCGGGUGAUUUGAUUGAAGAUGGAAAGCAGCUGCCCGCAGCAGCUGGGGUUACGCGCGCGUUCUUGGAGGUGCGCUUAGCACAGCUCACAGAUGAUUGCGCACUGGUGUGUGCCUGGGCCGUGACAUCCCCUCCUCAGACAAUUUUUUACACGGGUAAGUGCGCCGUGUAUUUCUUGAAUCUCCGUUCUUAGCUUUGUAUGGACUCAUUGAUCGUUUACAAACUGAGUUUGGAGAGGAAGUGACGCCAGAAAGACCGCGCCCCACACAGGAAGUGAUGUCAGAAAGAACGCGCCACAGCCAGCUUCAUAAUAAAGCGGUAUCGUAACUCGGAGCUAUCCACUGGAAAUAUGGAGGGGAGUCAUCCAGACAUGCUCGUGUUUCUCCUUCUUCUACAUGUACAAACGCUUGUGGAAAUCACACAUGAAUACCUUAAGAGAAAGCGAUUGCAGCUAUUUGGGAUACAACACUUCUCGGACGAGAAGAGAACUUUCCAAUGUGUGAUUCACUACAAUAGGGCCCCAAAGCACACUGGAUUCCAGUUAAUUGAAAUACUACAACACUGGAUAUUGUUAAGAUAAGUUAAAUUUAAGAACUUGCACAGAAAGCAACACUGGAGGUGACUAUGAUGUGUGCAUUUUCCGCGCGUGCGUAUUAGGUCGCGUUGCGCCGGCUGCCGGAGGCGGGCGGGGAAGGGGUCUUAAACGGUGGCAUUAUGUGUGUGUGUGUGUGUGUGUGUGUGUGUGUGUGUGUGUGUGUGUGUGUGUGUGUGUGUGUGUGUGUGUGUGUGUGUGUGUGUGUGUGUGUGUGUGUGUGGACAAGGAUAAGGUUAGGUGGGAUUUACCCUGGAUAACCUACUUAGUGUAAACGGGUCCUAAAAAGAAUAUAUCGCGUUACCAUAAAUAAAUGAAUGAUGAUUAACCACAGUGUUCGUUUUCACCGGUGCAGGAAGGCAUUGCACAGGCAGCGAUGACGCCACACACCAGUGGUAGAGGGGUGUGCUCUGUCCAAUAAUGGCUUUUUUGCCGAUAUCCGAUAUUGUCCAACUCUUAAUUACCGAUUCCGAUAUCAAUUGAUACCAAUAUAUAUAGUCGUCGAAUUAACACGUGAUUAUGCCUAAUUUUGUUGUGAUGCCCCGCUGGAUGCAUUAAACAAUGUAACAAGGUUUUCCAAAAUAAAUCAACCCAAGUUAUGGAAAAAAGUGCCAACAUGGCACUGCCAUAUUUAUUAUUGAAGUCACAAAGUGCAUUCUUUUUUUUAACAUGCCUCAAAACAGCAGCUUGGAAUUUGGGACAUGCUCUCCCUGAGAUAAUCCUGAUACCCACUACAACUAUGGGAAGUACUAUACUUUGACUUUCACAAAGUGCAUUAUUUUAUUUAUUUUUUUAAACAUGCCUCAAAACAACAGCUACAAAAACAAUGAAGGUACACAGCUUCAGUUCAGAGUAUACUAGAGUAAUACAUAGUCCUCCAUUAGUACACUGCCUGGCAUACUGUAUAACAGAAAAUUAUAAACUGGGCUCAAUCUGCCCUGCUCUAACGUAUUUGUAUGAGUAACACAAAUGUGCUGCAAGCUAGUGGUGAGUGCUUGAAGUGGCCUAGCAGUCAGUCAGAGCUUCUGAAAUGCUGCGUUGAGACAGGGCACCUCUGUUCACUGCAAGUUGCAAAGUGUGUGCCAUGCAGGGCAGACUAGCCACACCAAACUCCACCGUAGUUUUUGCCAUACUGCGUGCGUUGUCCCUGACCCCAACGUGGGCUUUUGCCUUGGGGUGGUUUUUGUCGUAUUUUAGUUUUUUCUCGGCGGAGUCUUUAAGCGACAACUGUGUGGUACUACUUUUUUUCAGUGUUUGCUUUUCAUCCAUCUUCCACUUGUAUUCAUCGUGUAUCUCCUUAUGAUUCUUGAAGAGGUGGGAGAUCAAAUUGCUCGUAUUAAAGGAAGACGUCUUGGUUCCUCCUCGCAUAACCAACUUUUUGCAGUCAUUGCAAAUUGCCAGUUUUUUAUCUGUCAGAGACACUUCAAAAUAAUCCCAAACCAUAGACACGGUGUCGUUUGUCAGUCACUGAGCGAGCUUGCUUGUUAGCCACGGCUACAGCACCGGCAACAACACACUCUUGUUGUUGUUAUGCUCCGCUCGCGGUGGUUUGAUGAGGUCAUCAAGCGUCGCCAGUAAACCUCUCAUGCUGCAGUCGUCAACUCCUGUGUUGUGUGUGGGAGGGGCUGCUGACUGGGAGAUGCAACUGCUCUGUACUUCUCCCUACGUCCGCGUACCGCUCCAUACAGCGGCGUUUUAAAAAGUCAUACAUUUUACUUUUUGAAACCGAUACCGAUAAUUUCCGAUAUUACAUUUUAAAGCAUUUAUCGGCCGAUAAUAUCGGCAGCCCGAUAUUAUCGGCCAUCUCUACUUGAAACUGGUUUUGAUAAAAAGGAAAAAUCCCACAUUUCAGGUCAAUGCGCGAUUUGGUGGGAGUGUAGCUGUUGCUGAGAGAGUUUGCAUGCUUUAAAUAUGUGUCAUAAAUAAAUACAUAUUAAUCAAUAAGUUAAUGAUGCAGAGUUAUCAAAUAUUAUUAGAAAAUGUGUGAUUGUAAAAUCUCCUGAGCAAAAUGUAAAUGGAUUGUGUUAAUUGUGUUGCAAAGCGGAAGGAUUGUUGUGAUGUUGCGACCCCACGGACUGUAAACAAGGCAGAACAUGCAAGAGGGGAGGGUGCUUGAGCACGUUGUCUUCAGCUCCUCCAAAGAGGGCGGGUGUUACCCACAUAUGCGGUCCUCUCCAAGGUUUCUCAUAGUCAUUCUCAUCGACGUCCCACUGGGGUGAGUUUUCCUUGCCCUUAUGUGGGCGCUGAACCGCAGAUGUCGUUGUGGCUUGUGCAGCCCUUUGAGACACUUGUGAUUUAGGGCUAUUUAAAUAAACAUUGAUUGAUGAUUGAUUGAUUGAAGUGUAUUCGAUGAUUUGUGUAAAACUUCAAGCAAGUGAUUAUUAGAACCUCUUUUCGUUAAAAGCAGCCAACGAGGUAUUGUAUUUUUGUCAUUUAAUUUCUUUCUGAGUGUUUAUGGAUGUGAUAUCGAAGUCUGAUGUACUGUAUUGUACUGUAUUUUGUAAGUUCUCACGGCGUGUUG